CUGUUUCAGAACAUUCUGUAUGGUCGCAACUGCCUCACCUUGGAAUGACUGCAAUCUGGCAAGCGAAGGAAUCAUGGAAGGCUCUCGUGCUCGCGUCUGCCGCUCUUGGCCUGACGCUUUACUAUCUACAUGCACAGCAAACACCGACUUCGAAAUCUGCGAAUACUUCUCGGGUGCAUACAGAACAGUGCCAAGACAACGAAGCGAUUCACGUACCAGACGCCAUGGAUCCGGAGGAGAGAGCGUAUCAUGAAGGCUUCAUGCGGGAGGCUAUCGCUAUGGCUGAACUUGCACUGAAGAGUGAUGAGACGCCCGUUGGCUGUGUCUUUGUCAAAGAUGGCGAGGUCAUUGGACGAGGCAUGAACGAGACAAACCGAACUCUGAACGGUACCAGACACGCAGAGUUCGUCGCCAUCGCUGGCAUCUUGUCAAAGCACCCCAUCAGCAUCCUCAACGAGACAGACCUCUAUGUCACUGUCGAGCCAUGCGUCAUGUGUGCAUCCAUGCUGCGCCAGUACGGCAUUCGAGCAGUCUACUUCGGAUGCUGGAACGAGCGGUUCGGCGGUACUGGAGGAGUGCUGAACAUCCACUCUGACCCCAGCGUUGACAAGCCCUAUCCAGUCACCGGCGGCAUCUUCCGAGAGGAAGCAAUCAUGCUGCUUCGGAAGUUCUAUGUCCAGGAGAACGAGAAGGCCCCCGAGCCUAAGCAGAAGAAGACGAGGGAGCUCAAGACGGAGAUCCUACCCAUGGACGUCCACCAGCCCAAGUCAACGCCAUCUCCUGCUAUCCGUACCCCAGUCAAUGCGACCUCGACUGGAUCCAUCCCAACACUGUCUUCUCUGGCUACAUCUGCAGCUGCUGCAGCUGCUGCAGCUGUCGCAGUCCCCAAGACUGUGUUCCCCCCACCUGCCCAAUCUCGUCCUACUUCUGCUAGCACAGCUCUCGCCUAAGAGCGCUUACGAUGAAUGUAUGAUUACCCCAGAUCAUAGACGUUAAGACGAAGGAACGAAACGGAAUAUAUGAUAGUUUAUGCCCUUUACCUUUGAUAGAACACUUGUUGCUCACAAUUACAUGGAAUCAAUUUGAAAAUAUUGAGAAUACCGUACCUGUAGCACCAGUCUCAAAGGAAUCAUGACUGGCAAUGGAGAUGAAAAUGCAUUUAGGAUUGAACUGGGAAUCAAUGAGGGUCCAAAUCGCCUUUGCCUUAUUUCUCGCCUCCACCACCUGCAACCAAUUGCACUACUAAGAAGAGAGCGAGAGCCCACCAGUACCUUUGCAAGAACGUCUUCUCCGGCUCUUUACCAUCAAGCUUCCCCUCGGCAUUGAGCACGAUAGGCUUGUUGAGGACCGGUUUUGGCCCAACAUUCCUCUUCUUUAUCUCCACCUCCAC